AAAAUUAUCAGAAUCAAAAUCAAAAUCAUAAAAGCCCAUACAGAAGCGCAAGAGACACAACACAAAGGCCAUAAAGACAAAAUAAAAUGAAGGUUUUUGGAGUCAAGAUAAGCUGGGAUACUCACCAGCUUUUGUCCUUUGUGAUAAACCCAAAUCAAUUCUUGAAGGAAAAUGCGAGCUCAGAGAGAGAGUUUGUGCCUGCCUUGUGGUAUGUUGAAACUGAAAGAGAAGGGUGGGUCGCAGGGAGAAGCACCCAGCAGCAGGUAAAAGAAGCCUUCACUGAAAAAUUGAUGCCUGGAAUGCCUCCAGUCCCUAAGACUCAAUUCUGGUUGACUUGUGAUGGUUACUGAAAGGUAAGCUGGCUUAUUGACUUGAUGCAAUAUCCAUUUUGAUACGCUACUUUUUUGUUGAAAAAAAGAUGUCAUAAUUCUCAAUCAAACCAAAUAGUCAGAGACAGGGAUCAGAGAGAAAAGACUUCAUAAUUCUCUCUCUCUCUGUAGGAAGACUUCACAAUCCUAUCCUUUUUGUCAUGCUAAUUUUUGGUAGGAUGAAGCACUAAUUGAAGCAUGGAUGCUGAAAAAAUAGUGAUGUCUUUGAUUCUGAUCAUUCUUUUGUUUCCAUUUUGCACUUCCCUUAACACCUUCACACCAGACCAAUCCAUUAAGGACGGCCAAUCUUUGAUUUCCGAAGAAAAUAAUUUUGCCUUAGGCUUCUUCAGCCCCAGCAACUCCAGCUAUCGGUAUCUUGGUAUCUGGUAUGUUAAAGUGACAAAACAAACUGUUGUUUGGGUUGCGAACAGGAAUGAUCCUAUCAAAGAUUCCUCUGGAGUUCUCUCCAUUAACCAGAUUGGAAACCUUGUCCUCCAUGACAGCUCUAACCAUCUUCUUUGGUCUACAAAUGUUUCUGUCCAAGGGACAACCUCCUCUGUUGCUCAGCUUCUAGAUUCAGGAAAUCUGGUUGUGGUCCAGAGCAAUAACAAAAAAGUAUUAUGGCAAAGCUUUGACCAUCCUACAGACACUUUGCUUCCAAACAUGAGGCUUGGGUUGAAUCGGAUAAAUGGGCUAGACAGGUUCCUGACAUCUUGGAAGUCAGAAGAUGACCCCGGAACUGGGGACUACUUCUAUAAGAUGAAUCCUACUGGCUCCCCACAGGUCUCCUUGUAUAAGGGUUCGACUCUUUAUUGGCGGUCAGAUCCAUGGCCAUGGAAAACAUCAUCAUCAGCAGCAGCAUCAGUCUCAUCGCCUUUUUAUUAUGAUUUUGUUAACAGCAAAGAUGAGGUAUCUUACGCAUACUUUUUGGAUGACCCCUCCAUCAUUUCUAGACUAGUUGUUGACAACUCUGGAUUGCUCCAGAACCUUGUGUGGAAUGAUGGUGAUCUUCAAUGGAAGGAGUCCUGGUCAGCGCCUAAAUACCGGUGUGACAACUAUGGACACUGUGGUUCAAAUGGUAAAUGUGUUCCUGAUUCGGAUGACAAUUUUAAUAAGUUCGAGUGUACGUGUUUGCCAGGGUAUGAACCCAAGUCACCAAAGGAUUGGUAUCACAGAGAUGGUUCUGGGGGUUGUGUAAAGAAGCAGUUGGGGUUUUCUAUGUGUGGAAAUGGAGAAGGGUUUGUGAAGGUGACACGUUUGAAGGGUCCAGAUUCAUUCAAUGCAGUGUGGAUGGAAAUGAGUAUGAGUAGCUCAGAGUGCGAGCAGGCAUGCUUGAGUAAUUGUUCCUGCACAGCUUUUACCAGCAUGAAUAUUGAUGGAAAGGGGACCCGCUGUUUGGCAUGGUAUGGUGAAUUGAUGGACAUUUUGGAGAAUACAUAUGAACGGUGGGAUCUACAUGUACGUGUGGAUGCAAUGGAGUUAGCUACUUACGCUAGGAAGUCCAAAGGUUUUCUUGGCCCCAAGAGGCGGAUGGCUGUUAUAAUAUUAUCUGUUUCUGUGCCACUGUUUCUGGUAUCCUUAAUAGCCUACAUGUGGAUAAUGAAGAGGAAAACAAAAGUGAAGAGAAAUUUGCAAAAUCAAUCAUUAUUUUUUAUCGGUACCAAAGACUCUUUGGAGGGGAAUGAGCUUGAGGACAAUAGUAGACAUCCUGAUUUGUCGAUUUUUGAUCUAAGUUGCAUAGUUUCUGCCACUGACAAUUUCUCUCCGUCGAACAGACUUGGGCAAGGUGGUUUUGGCUCUGUUUUUAAGGGUCAAUUACCUAAUGGACAACAAAUAGCUGUAAAAAGGCUAUCCAAGAGUUCAGGACAAGGAAUAGAAGAAUUCAAAAAUGAAGUUACUUUGAUUGUGAAACUUCAACAUAGGAAUCUUGUCAAAAUUUUUGGCUGUUGCAUUCAGGAGGGAGAAAAGAUGUUGAUUUAUGAGUACAUGCCCAACAAAAGCUUGGACUCCUUCAUUUUUGAUCCUACAAGAAGUUCAUUGCUGAAUUGGAGGAAACGCUUUGAAAUCAUCAUUGGGAUUGCUCGUGGGAUUCUGUAUCUUCAUCAAGACUCAAGAUUAAGAAUUAUUCAUAGGGAUCUUAAAACUAGCAAUGUUCUACUAGAUGGUGAGAUGAACCCCAAAAUUUCUGAUUUUGGCAUAGCCCGUAUAUUCAAAGGGGACCAAAUUCAAGACAAGACAAACAGAGUUGUUGGAACAUAUGGAUAUAUGUCACCAGAGUAUGCAGUAUUCGGAAAAUUUUCUACAAAAUCAGAUGUCUUUAGUUUUGGUGUCAUAUUGUUGGAGAUUUUAAGUGGCAAGAAGAACAACUUAUCUUAUCAGGAGCAUACUUCCCUAACUUUGAUAGGACAUGUCUGGGAACUAUGGAAAGAAGAUAAAGCCUUGGAUAUAGUUGAUUCAUCUCUAAAUGAGUCAUUUGUUUCUCUUGAAGUCUUGAGAUGCAUUCAAAUUGGGCUUUUAUGCGUGCAAGAAGAUGUGAUGGAUCGACCAACAAUGUUGGCAGUUCUUCUCAUGCUAAGUAGUGAAACAACUCUUCCUUCUCCGAAACAGCCUGCUUUCAUUUUCAGAAGAACUGGCAAUGAUUUGGGAUCAAUCACAGGCGAGGGGUUUUAUUCUAUAAAUGAUGUGACAAUAACUGAGUUUGAAGCACGCUAAAGGUAAAGAUUUUAGUUAGCUGCAUCUAAAUUGCUUCUAAAAGGAUUUGUGGGACAAAUUAACAUUUAGCUCUUUUUGUAUUAAAGAACAAUUAUAAUCUCUCUCUCUCUCUCUCUCUCUUUUUUCUCCCUUCUUCCUUUCCUUUUGUACCAAGCAAUUCAAAAGUAAAAUAUAAAUGCUGGUGUAUACACUAUACAGCCUACUUCAGUGAA